GGUCGUGCUUUCCCCUUUGCAACCUCCAUCGAUGGGCUGGCGGUCAUCGUCGAACCACUGGAAAACAUUCAGAUUGUGCUGUACAGCAACGAACCAACGGCUCACCUUGCAGCAGUCAAAAAUAAAUAAUUUUAUCCAUCUUUCCCUCUACCAUGAACAUUCGCCUCGCCCGUAUCGACGAUUGCAAUGGUAUGCAGGCCUGCAACCUUCAAAAUUUACCAGAAAACUACACGAUGAAAUACUACCUAUACCACAUCCUGACAUGGCCUUCUCUCUCCUACGUCGCAGAAGACAGCGAAGGUCGAGUGGUCGGAUACAUCCUUGCUAAAAUGGAAGAGGAGCUAGGAGAAGAAGAUGACCCUCAUGGACACGUAACCUCAAUAUCGGUGCUGCGCACUUAUCGAAGGUUGGGGUUGGCAAAAAAGCUGAUGGUGCAAUCUCAGGAAGCAAUGGCUGCUGUCUAUCAUGCCUCUUAUGUAUCCCUACACGUCCGAAAAUCGAACCGCGCCGCUUUGGGUCUGUAUAGGGAUACGCUGGGCUUCACCGUGAAAAGUGUUGAACACAAAUAUUAUGCUGACGGUGAAGACGCCUACGCCAUGCAGCUAUCCCUAAAGUGA